AUGGCACAACCUCACCGUGAAGUGCCGCCUACGGCUGCCACUUGCCCUCCAGGCGCGUUUUCCAUAGGCCAGAUGCGCGUCGAGAGCUUGACGCCUACUGUCAUCCGUAAUAAUCUCAUGCCCAUAAUCCUCCUUCACGGAGACUAUCAUACAGCAUCAGUGUGGCUCACUAAGCCUGACAGGCGCCGGGGCUGGGCUUAUUUCUUUGCCGAGCGCGGUCAUCGAGUCUAUGCUCCGCAUCUGCCAUUCCAUGGCCGUUCCGGUGCCUUGGUUCACUACGAACGAGUGAAAGCCAUCACCCCUCAGACCGUCGAGAACCUAUACACGGCCAUCAACAAGACCAACAACCCAGAAUGGCCAGCGGCAAAGACGCACACACAGUGGCCAGGAAGCGGCGUUCGGGGCGAUCCCAUUUUUGACGAAUAUGUCAAACAACUUGUUCCAUUGUAUAUGGACCCCCACGAGCGCCAGGCAGCCGCUCAAGAGGCAGUUGCGAGUCUCUUGCGGUUCCUGAAGCGUCCGGCUAUCCUUGUCGGUCAAGGCAGCGGCGCCAACGUUGCCUGGCUGGUAGCCGAUGUGGCCCCUGACCUCAUCCAUGCAAUCGUUGCAGUCGAGCCACUCGGGCCUCCGUUUGGCUCUGCUCUUGGGAACCAAAAUGGACAACUGGGACCGACCAGCGGGUUCACAAGGGCUGCCGGCAUUCGUCAAUAUGGCCUGGCGGAUAUACCGAUGCAGUUUGAUCCACCGGUCGCAGCACCAGAGUCAUUUGAGGAGCUGUUUGGUGGUACAUAUCCAGCUUUUGAACCCAUCCCGGUCAGAAAGUAUUACGCAAGGGGUCGGCAAGGCAAGUUCUGCUUCGAACAAGGCCCUGCUGGAUUACCUGUUGGAAAUUCCACUGAAUCCAGGGCAGAGCCCCGGAAGCUCACGAAUCUGAUCGAAAUCCUUCAACUUGUGGUAACAACGGAAGCGAGCUUCCACCGUUUCUCGGACUGGGCAACGGUACAUUUUCUUCGUCAGGCCGGGGCUACCGUCAAGCAUCACAGACUCGAGGAGCAUGGAAUCCAUGGAAAUGGGCACCUCUGCUUCCUGGAGAAAAACAGCAACGAUGUGGCCAAUCAUGUGCUCAACUGGUUGCAUAACGAGACAGGUGUCCCGAAAUUACAGGUUCUUGAAGCCCGGCCCUCUCCUUCCCAGGCCAUCAACCCAUCGGGCGACCACAGGCAGUCCUUAAUUCUGCCCCCUGAAAAGACAUGCCCAACGAAGAAAGAGACCAGUAGAAACUGAGCUGAAGCCAAUCAACACCAUAGCGAACUCAAGUCAAAGAUAAAGCAGAAGGGUACAAACCAACUCGUCUCAGCCUGGCGAUGUUCGGACCAGCAACUGUCACAAUGCCCCCAUAGUAUCCACUCCUCAUUCCUCGACCGUCGGGAAGACUCAGGUUGCGCGAGGUGUUACCCCCGUACUCUACACACCCCACAACAAACUUAUCCAGCAAACUGGUCAAAGCACGCUCAGCGAACGGCGAACUGUGGAAAUUGCGUCUAGUCCCAACAAUCCAACUCCACGUCCGACACAGAUUCUUGGGAGACAACGAACAUCGGCUUGGGCCAAGCUUCCGACAGUACCAGAAGCCACUUAACAAAGCGGCGUGGCGAACAUUUCCGACAAGCAGACGCACACUACGAAUAACUGGGUGCAAAGACAACAACUCCGUUCAGUCGAAAGGGUUGUUGUGAAAAGCGGCAAGUGCCUAAAUUACUCAAGGGAUACGGCAUGUAGAUGAAGCCGGUAGGGUUCUCCAUCUUUUUCUGACCGUGAGGCUAAAUUAUCCUUCUGAUAUCCACGUCUGCCUUCGCUUAUCACAAGAUAUCCCAUUCCCUUCUAGCUGCCUUGAGUCUUUUCUUACAGGCUCCAUACUGCGGCUCAUGGGUCGCCUCGUUAUACUCAUAGAUCUCUUGAUUAUAGAUCUCUUGAUUAGUGGUAUAAUUCAGCUGAAAUCCCAUAAAUUAUUCUGCCAAACGAGGGAUACCACUAAGAUCUGCCAAGUGUUCGAAGGUUCGAACAAUAUUGUUUCAAUCCGGAGCAACCUUCUCAUGUAUGCUGAUAUUGCCAUGAUUCAAGUAAAGGGUAUGUGGGCGGCCGGGUCUGCUGCAGUAGCAAAAGAUGGAAUAGCUUUGUA